AUGCUGCUUUCCUUUCGAGGUUGGUGUAGUUUCAUUCAAUACAAACCUGCCAAGCUGGUGAAGUAUGGCCUGAAAUUGUAUGACAUGUGCAACAGUAGAAUGUAUUAUGUGCACAACUCUGAGAUAUACUGCGGCAAACAAAGGGAAGAUCCUUACUUUACAUGGGACACAUUAUUUAACAUAAUCAAGCGACUGGUGCAGCCCAUUUUAGGUUCUCACAGAAAUGUGACCACUGACAACUACUACACAGUCUAUCCAUUGGCGCAUUUUCUUCUGGAAAACGGUGUAACAUUUCUUUGUACAAUGAAAAAGAAAUCCCCUCAGACUUUCUGGAUCUGA